ACUGCGUUGCAGAGCCAUGUUGCAGCCUCCCUCCGAGAUCUUCAUUCCGGAGACAGCACACAUCUUGGGGGAAACAGGACACUGGACUACAGGGCUAGGUGCUCCUUCAUCAUGAGGCUCUCUUUCAACAUCCUCUUUAUCGGAUUUCUGCUGGCUGGACAGUGGCAGAUCUCUGGAGGACAAAUUUACCCUGAACCUUCCAUCAGAGCGUUUCCCAAAAAUGUGUUCAGCCUGGGGAAAAAUAUCAACUUACAGUGUGCAAGUAAUUACCAACAAAUUGCAAUCUACUAUCUGCACAAAGAAAGUGGUUCACCAAGUCAUUAUUCAAUGAACGAGAGGCGUGCAGCUGUAUUUCAGAUUGCCAAUGCCAGAAUUUCAGAUGGCGGAACAUAUACGUGUAGCUAUUGCUUCCAAUCACGUUAUGAUCGACGGUGCUCAUAUCGUAGUGAUCCUGUCCAAGUCUACAUAAAAGGACAGCUGUAUCCCAAGCCUUCCAUCGUAGUGAAUUCAGCUGAUAUGCUUGUCGAGGAGGGGAAUGUCAAAAUCAGCUGCAAGGCAGAAAACAACUUACUACCACAAUGGCUCUUCUCUUUGCAUAUACAAGUGGGUGCAAAGAGGCAGCAGAAAAAACUGACAGAGAAAAUCGCAAUCAAGGAGGCUGUAUUUGCCUUUGACAAUGCCCAAGAAUUCCAAGGGGGUCUCUACCAAUGUAGAUAUUGCUUCACAACAGCCUUCGCUGAUCUGUGCUCAGGUUUCAGUGACAGCCGAUGCAUCAACAGAAUAAAUCCCAGCCUGUCCAAACCCUCCAUCAAAGUGCUGCCUGACAAACAUAUUUCCCCAGGACAGAAUAUCACCAUCGAGUGCCAGGGGCCAGAAAAGGGUCUGAACUUCUCCCUAUACAAAUCUGGGGAACUGAUAACAUCGCAGGUGGCGGAGUCAGAGGGAAACAGAGCUGAGUUCCUUUUCCUCAACGUGGAGUCGGAAGAUGAAGGAAACUACACCUGCCAAUAUCACCGCUGGGGAAAUCCCUUUGCCUGGUCAGAGACAAGUAAUGCCACGGAGCUGGUUGUAAGAGCAGACACUUUUCCAUCCAUGGAGAGCAACAUCCGCCUGGGAGUUGCUGGCUUGGUCCUGCUUUCCUUGGUGCUGAUCGUGGCUGAGUUCAUGUGGAGCCAGCAAGGCUGAGAAGCUCUGACUCGACUCAGUUCCACAAGUCAAGACCCUUCCCUUGAGGCAUCUGAGACAAGCAAAGCCACAGGAAUCCCAUAGAGACUGGUUUCAUUUCUUGUUCAUCUGAAGGCCAAAUUUCUAUUCUGUGAUAACACCAAGGAAUCUUUUCGGAAGGGGGUGGGGUGGGGUGAGAAUCCUGGAGGCUUCUGUUUCCUGUGCCUUUUUUGAGCUUUUUUAAAAAAAGUUAGUUCUGGAUGUUGCAGAAUUCUUACCAUAAGAUUUUAGUUUCACUUUAUAGCAGGGGCAGGGUUAGCCACUGAUGAAAACUCAAUUUCAGUAUACUGGGGGAAAUGGCACUUGAGGAAUGGGGUCCCUGAGACUACAAGGAAAGACUGGCUAGAAAAGAUUAUGGGGGUGAUACUGGCAGACAAGGUUGAGGCUGAGGGCUCGCCCUCACUUCUGCAAUCCCACACCUAGAAAGUGUGUGGGUUCAAGCAGUUUUCUGCAUGUUUUGUGCUUUCUAGGCACGGGUCGGAGUGGUUCUGCUCUUUUCCUGCCACUUUCCCCAGAAACCCCCCUCCCCCCCAUUUUGGGGCUGAAUUUGAGCAAAUAUCAGUCCAUGGAAAACCCAAUUGACAUUUGCUCUAAUUCGCUACUUAAGAUUGGGUUUUCCACUUGGAUAAGCAGAAGCCUAGAUGAGUCCUGAGAGAUUGUCUCCAAUCACACAGUGAC